UGCUGUAGGAUCCUCGCGCUAUACUUGGUGAUAGCAUGCACUGCUCGUCUGCAUCAUAUAACCAUUGAUGUCAAAAUGAUCAUUACUUUCCUGCUGUGUUUGAGUCCUUUUGCAAUGGGGCAACUGGGUCUUGAUCCUGAAGAUGACAAAGACCUCAUAGACCUGGAUUUAGGCAUUGCUCUACGGAGGGUUCCACGACAGGUGAAAGCUUUGCUGAAUAAGGAGGCCAAGCCACACAUCCAGGACCUGUCUGUGAAGACCACCAUCAUCUCCCGCUACGCCUUCACAGCCGUGUCCUGCACCAUGCUGAACAGACACUCUGCUGCCACAAAGGGGGUCUUCCAGGUCCUGAUACCUCCAACUGCCUACGUGUCCAACUUCACCAUGAUCAUUGCAGGGAGGGUCUACCCCAGUGAGGUCAAGCCAAAGGAGAAAAAGGUGAAGCAGGUGAAAGACGGCAAUGGAAAAUCCCAGAAAGAUAAACAAGGUGGACAGAGUGCGAGUGAGAUGGAGACAUUCCAGGUGUCCGUCAGCGUUCCAGGGAAGAACCGGGCGGUAUUCCUGCUUACAUAUGAGGAGCUGCUCCAGAGGCGGCUGGGCAGGUACGAGCACGUGACCAGCCUGCGCCCCCUGCAGCUGGUUAGCAGGUUGUCGGUGGACGUGACCAUUGUGGACGGUUCUGAGAUCACACACCUGGAGGUCCUGCCCCUGCGGAAUGGGAAGAGCAGCCCCGGGACUGGAGCUAAAACCCAAGGCAGACCCACACUUCCCGUUACCACAACGAUCAAACAGAACAAAACCUACUGCAAGAUCACGUUCAACCCCAACAUCGUCCAGCAGGCCAGGAUAGCGACAAACGGCAUUCUGGGAGACUUUGUUGUCCGAUAUGAUGUGGAGAGAGAGCUUGGAAUUGGUGAUGUCCAGGUGUUAAACGGACAUUUUGUGCACUACUUCGCGCCGAAGGAUCUGCCCGUGGUCCCAAAGAACGUUGUUUUUGUGAUCGACACCAGUGCAUCCAUGGUAGGGACGAAAAUCAGACAGACAAAGGAGGCCCUCUUCACCAUCCUGAAGGACCUCAGGCCCAACGACCGCUUCAACUUCAUCAGCUUCUCCAACCGGAUCAAGGUGUGGCAGGUGGGCCAGCUGGUGUCGGUCACACCAAACAACAUCAGAGAUGCAAAGAAGUUUAUCUACAUGAUCACGCCCACUGGAGGGACGGACAUAAACGGAGCCAUCCAGAGCGGUUCCUCCUUGCUCAGUAAUUACCUGUCCAGCACAGGUGACCACCACAACAGCGUGUCCCUCAUCAUCUUCCUCACGGACGGCCGCCCAACAGUGGGCGAGCGCAAAUCCCCCAGCAUCCUCAGCAACACCAAGUCGGCGGUGCAGGAGCAGUUCUGCAUCUUCACCAUCGGCAUCGGCAACGACGUGGACUACCGCCUGCUGGAGCGGAUGUCCCUGGAGAACUGCGGCAUGAUGCGACGCAUCCGCGAGGACUCCGACGCCAGCGCCAUGCUCAAGGGUUUUUACGAUGAGAUCGGCACGCCUCUCCUGUCUGAUAUCCGGGUGGGCUACACCGAAGACUCCGUGCAGUACGUGACGCAGAACCUCUUCACCAACUACUUCAACGGCUCCGAGAUCGUCAUCGCCGGCAAGCUGACCAACCAGAGCGCCGAGACGCUGCACGUGCAGGUGACGGCGAGCAACAGCGACAAGAGCAUCGUCCUGGAGACGGACGUGGCGCUGCAGGAGAGGGAGCGCGAGACGCAGCGGCAGGUGGAGGCGGCCAACGCCGGGUCGGUGGGCGACGACUACGCCGAGCGCGUCUGGGGCUUCCUGAGCGUCAAUGACGGACUAAAGUCACGCCUGCGUAGCCACAACAGCCAGGAGAGGGAGGAGUUCACCAAGCAGGUCACCAACCUGUCUCUGACCUACAACCUGCUCACGCCCCUCACCACCAUGGUCCUGGAGACGCCCGACGCCCUGCUGAAUGAGACCGUGCCGAAUGCCAGCGCCGCCACCGCUGAACCGCCUGAGGACGAGGGCCAAGAUAAACCGCAGAGCCUGCACAGGAACACCCAGCAACCAGGUAAGGCUGUGAGGAAACCAGUGAAGAAAGCCAUCACCAUCUCUAAAACAUCAGCUGACGGAGACCCUCACUUUGUGGUGGAGUUCCCCCUCAGCAAGCUGACCGUCUGCUUCAACAUCAACGGCGAGCCGGGACAGGUCCUCAGACUAGUGUCUGACCACAAGCACUCAGGGGUAACGGUGAACGGGAAGCUGAUCGGGGCCCCGGCGCCGGCUAACAGCCGCAAGCAGCAGCGCACCUACUUCAGCAGCAUCAUCGUGGUGGUGGAGCGGCCACGGCGAGCCUACAUCGAGAUCACCCCACGCAAGGUCAUCCUCGACGGCAAGGACCGGCUGGUGCUGCCCUGUGACACCACGGUCGCCGUGGAGAGUGAUGGACUGGGCGUGGCCAUCGUCGGACGGUCCAACGUCACUGUCACUGUCCAGGGGACCAUCGGGUUCGUCGUCUUGGUCCACCAGUACAAGAACCCGGCGCCGUAUCAGCGCGACCAUUUGGGCUUCUACAUCUCCAACAGCAAGGGCCUGUCCAAGGACUCCCACGGGCUGCUGGGCCAAUUCUUGUAUCAGGAGAUUGGACUCACAGAGCUGCCCAGCAAUGCCACGGUGGAUCAGGUCCCCAAAAAUAUCUCAGACCCCUUGGCCCUGUCCACCAUCCCCAUCUCAACCCCCAGUCGUGCUCUGAAGAUCAAGGACCGCACAGUAGCUGUGGUGAAGAAGACCAGGAAAAUCUACAGUGGGACGCAAACAGUAAACUGCUGGUUUGUUAAGAACAAUGCUGCCAAGCUCAUUGACGGUCAGUACGAGGACUAUGUUGUGUCACACCUUUUUGACACAGGGGAUGGACCCCAUGGGACCAAUUAACAUGUAAACUGACUCCUGUCCUUCAGUGACUACAACCCAACCCCCCCACCCCCAUCUCUCAGGAACCCCUGGAGGACACACAAGUCUGUGGACUAAAUAUGUAUCACACACACUUAAGUAUAUUUUUUAUGUUUUUAUAUAAUAAGAAGAAUCUGAAGUUUUGUUGUUAUUCAUACAUGAGAUUUUUCAAUCAAGGAUGACUCUUUACUAGAGAAUUUUACAGCCCAGAGUGCUAUGAACUGGACACGUGUUAUGCAAACUGCUCAUUCAUGCCAUUCACCGGCAAUGCACACUUGCGCACCCUCACAGAACAUCUGGCUCUGAUGACCCCAUUCUCUACCCACAAUGCCUUGCUCUUCCCAUCAGGUCAGGCCAACCCCAUCCACAGGGGAAUCCUGCAGCUGUGCUCAGCUAUGGCCCAGAUAAUGUUGGGAAAAUAUUAGGUUUACAAAACUGUUCCUCUUAAAAUAAGCCUCCCAUUUUGUUUGUUUUAUGAGGAUACAUCAAGACCUUUAAACAAAUUCUGAUUUUAUUAUAAUUUGCAGUGAAUGUAUUUGUGACUGUGUACCUGCAGUAUGUAUGAUGUUUUUAACGUCCAUCACUGUGCAAGGACGAGCUCAAAUCUACACAUGUAUAUAAAUAUACCGUUUAGUGCCAUUAAGGGAAUACCGAAUAUAGCAUCUAUUAAGAGUCUUCUACAUCAGCUUUUUGUAAUUAACUAUAAUAAAAAUACGAGGAAAAUGGA